AUGUCCAUCCUCAAGAUGCACGCCCGUGAAAUCUUCGACUCCCGUGGGAACCCCACUGUUGAAGUAGACCUCUAUACCAGCAAAGGUCUCUUCCGAGCUGCUGUUCCCAGUGGAGCAUCGACUGGUAUCUAUGAAGCCCUGGAGCUUCGUGACAACGACAAGACACGCUUCCUGGGGAAAGGUGUCUCAAAGGCUGUUGAGCAUGUGAAUAAAACCAUUGCACCUGCGCUGGUUAACAAGAACGUAAGUGUUGUGGAGCAAGAAAAGAUCGACAAGCUGAUGCUUGAAAUGGAUGGAUCGGAGAACAAGUCUAAAUUUGGUGCAAAUGCCAUUCUGGGAGUCUCCCUUGCCGUGUGCAAAGCUGGUGCUGCGGAGAAAGGUGUCCCUUUAUAUCGUCAUAUUGCCGAUCUUGCUGGGAACAAAGAAGUUAUUUUGCCGGUCCCUGCUUUCAACGUGAUCAACGGUGGGUCUCAUGCGGGGAACAAGCUGGCAAUGCAAGAGUUUAUGAUUCUUCCUGUCGGGGCAGAGAACUUCAGUCAAGCCAUGCGCAUUGGCGCAGAAGUGUACCACAACCUGAAGAAUGUCAUCAAGGAGAAGUAUGGCAAGGAUGCCACCAACGUGGGUGAUGAAGGUGGCUUUGCCCCCAACAUUCUGGAGAACAAGGAAGCCCUGGAGCUGCUGAAGACUGCCAUCAGCAAGGCUGGGUACACGGACAAGAUUGUCAUUGGGAUGGAUGUGGCUGCUUCGGAAUUCUAUCGCGAUGGGAAGUAUGACCUGGACUUCAAGUCCCCUGAUGAUCCUACCCGAUACAUCAGCCCCGAUCAGCUGGCUGAUCUCUACAAGAAUUUUGUCAAAAAUUACCCAGUGGUUUCCAUCGAAGACCCCUUUGACCAAGACGACUGGCCGGCAUGGAAAAAGUUCACAGCCGAGGCGGGGAUCCAAGUGGUGGGGGACGACCUGACAGUGACCAACCCCAAGCGUAUCGCAAAAGCUGUGCAGGAGAAAUCGUGCAACUGCCUCCUUCUGAAAGUGAACCAGAUUGGCUCGGUCACGGAGUCCCUCCAGGCCUGCAAGCUUGCCCAGUCCAAUGGGUGGGGCGUGAUGGUGAGCCAUCGCUCCGGAGAGACGGAAGACACCUUCAUUGCAGACUUGGUGGUUGGCCUGUGCACUGGACAGAUCAAGACCGGGGCUCCCUGCCGAUCUGAACGUCUAGCUAAAUAUAACCAACUUCUAAGAAUUGAAGAAGAGCUGGGAAGUAAGGCCCGUUUUGCUGGUCGGAAUUUCAGGAACCCCCGGAUUAACUGA